GAAUUAUGCAAUCAGUCACCAGAGAUGAUGAGUCAUCACCGCAAGGGUCGAAGUCGCGUUCAUUCUCCACUUAGUCUCGUUCCGACCCGGCUUCAACCGUUGUCGUCGGUCUAGAAACAACGACGACGAAGUCACGAAGCAGAUGUGGAGUGAGGCAAAUGGCUAACAAUAUCAUUACCUCAUUUUAGCUCGAGAUCAAUCCAGCUAACAAUCAAACUCAGAUCAAACUAGCUGUCGUCUAACAGUCACAGUCUCACAGAGUCGCUGCAGCAAGGUUAAUAGCUCCGGUAAUCUAUGGAAGUUGGGAAGCCAGUUUUCUCUGUAGAUCUCUUGGAGAGAUAUGCAGCGAAGGGGCGGGGAGUGAUAACAUGUAUGGCUGCUGGGAAUGAUGUUAUUGUACUUGGAACCAGUAAGGGAUGGGUGAUCAAACAUGAUUUUGGAGCUGGAGACUCUAACGUAGAUAUUGACCUAUCUGCUGGCCGUGGGGGGGAGCAAUCCAUCCAUAGAGUUUUUGUGGAUCCAGGAGGUAGUCACUGCAUUGCUACUAUUAUUGGCAAUGGAGGACCUGAUACAUUCUAUACACAUGCAAAAUGGAGUAAACCACGUGUCUUGGCCAAACUGAAAGGUCUUACUGUUAAUGCCGUUGCUUGGAAUAAACAACAGAUAACAGAAGCUUCUACAAGUGAAGUGAUUCUUUGUACUGACAAUGGCCAGCUUCAUGAAAUUUGUGUUGAUGAGAAGGAUAAGAAAGAGAAGUACACAAAUUUUUUAUUUGAGCUCAAAGAACUUCCAGACAGUUUCAUGGGCCUGCAGAUGGAAACAGCUAGUGUAAGCAAUGGAACUAGAUUUUAUGUAAUGGCAGUUACUGCUACACGCCUUUAUUCUUUCACUGGCAUUGGAUCACUGGAGACUGUUUUUAUGACCUACGCUGAUCGCCCUGUGCGUUUUAUGGAACUUCCUGGUGAAAUUCCCAACAGUGAGCUGCAUUUCUUUAUCAAGCAAAGAAGAGCUGUACACUUUGCAUGGCUAUCAGGAGCUGGUAUCUAUCACGGAGGCCUUAAUUUUGGUGCUUCACAUAGCUCUUCAGUUGGUGAUGAGAACUUUGUUGAAAGCAAGGCUCUUCUGGACUUCUCAAAAUUAUCCGAUGGAGCUGAUACUGUUAAACCUAAUUCUCUGGCAUUAUCUGAAUAUCAUUUUCUUCUCCUUAUGGGAAGCAAGGUUAAGGUUGUAAAUAGAAUAAGUGAACAGAUCAUAGAGGAACUUCAGUUUGAUCAAACAUCAGAAUCACUUUCAAAGGGUAUAAUUGGUCUAUGCAGUGAUGCUUCUGCCGGAUUGUUCUAUGCGUAUGACCAGCACUCCAUCUUCCAGGUGUCCGUAAAUGAUGAAGGUCGAGAUAUGUGGAAAGUGUAUCUUGAUUUGAAGGAAUAUGCAGGAGCUUUGGAAAAUUGUCGUGAUCCGUUACAGAGAGACCAAGUCUAUCUCGCCCAGGCUGAAACUGCAUUUUUAGCCAAGGAGUUUAACAGAGCUGCGUCUUUCUAUGCGAAGAUUAACUACAUGUUAUCAUUUGAAGAUAUAACCUUGAAGUUCAUUAGUGUGAAUGAACAGGAUGCUUUAAGAACCUUCUUGUUGAGGAAACUUGAUAAUCUGACAAAGGAUGAUAAAUGCCAAAUUACUAUGAUUUCCACAUGGGCAACAGAGCUGUAUCUGGAUAAGAUCAAUAGACUACUUUUGGAAGACGAAACUGCUGCUGAAAAUCGUAGCUCGGAGUACCAUCUGAUCAUAAGGGAGUUUCGCGCUUUUCUCAGCGACUCCAAGGAUGUAUUGGAUGAGGCAACAACGAUGAAGCUCUUAGAAAGUUAUGGGAGAGUGGAUGAGUUGGUAUUUUUUGCCAAUUUGAAGGAGCAAUAUGAGAUUGUUGUUCACCAUUAUAUCCAGCAAGGAGAAGCAAGGAAAGCGUUGGAAGUGCUUCGAAAACCUUCUAUGCCAGUUGAUCUCCAGUACAAAUUUGCCCCUGAUCUCAUUAUGCUUGAUGCCUAUGAAACUGUGGAGUCAUGGAUGACAGCAAAAGACUUGAAUCCAAGGAAGCUAAUUCCUGCAAUGAUGCGUUAUUCAAGUGAACCCCAUGCAAAGAACGAAACCCAUGAAGUUAUCAAGUACUUGGAGUUUUGUGUUCAUCGCUUGCAGAAUGAGGAUCCUGGCAUCCACAACUUGUUGAUUUCUUUGUAUGCCAAGCAGGAGGAUGAUAGUGCUCUCCUGCGUUUCCUGCAAUACAAGUUUGGUAAAGGGCGAACAAAUGGGCCUGAGUUCUUCUACGAUCCCAAGUAUGCGCUUCGUCUAUGCCUUAAAGAGAAGAGGAUGCGAGCUUGUGUGCAUAUCUACAGCAUGAUGUCUAUGCAUGAAGAAGCUGUCGCUCUAGCUCUACAGAUUGACCCAGAGCUUGCAAAGGCUGAAGCUGACAAGGUUGAAGAUGACGAAGAUUUGAGGAAGAAGCUUUGGUUAAUGGUCGCCAAGCAUGUUGUUCAACAAGAAAAAGGAACUAAGAGGGAAAACAUCAGACAAGCGAUAGCAUUUCUGAAGGAAACAGAUGGCUUAUUAAAGAUUGAAGACAUUUUACCAUUCUUUCCUGAUUUUGCAUUAAUCGAUGACUUUAAGGAGGCAAUUUGCUCCUCUUUGGAGGACUACAACAAGCAAAUAGAACAGCUAAAACAGGAGAUGAAUGAUGCCACGCAUGGUGCAGACAAUAUUAGAAAUGACAUUAACGCCCUUGCUCAGAGAUAUGCUGUCAUUGAUCCUGAAGAGGAAUGCGGGGUUUGUCGGAAGAGGAUCAUAAGCGCAGGCUGGGACCAGCGACUUGCUAGGGUUGGUUAUUCAUCUGUAGGUCAUAUGGCACCUUUCUAUAUAUUUCCAUGUAGACAUGCUUUUCACGCCCAAUGCCUCAUUACCCACGUGACAAGUCGUACUAACCGUGCUCAAGCAGAAUAUAUUCUGGACCUUCAAAAACAACUUACCUUAGUAGGAGGUGAUGAUAUUAAGGAAUCAAAUGGUGGAAUAAGAGAGGGGGAAGUGGUAACAGCUAGCUUGUCCCCUGUUGAUAAGACAAGAUCACAGUUAGAUGAUGCAAUAGCUAGUGAAUGCCCCUUUUGCGGCGAUCUGAUGAUUCGUGAGAUAUCUUUGCCCUUCAUCCUCCCCGAUGAGGAGGCUAAUGAGGCUUCUACCUGGGAGAUAAAACCGCUCAAUGUCGUUGGGCCUCAGAGAAGCCUUUCUUUAUCUGCAUGAGUUUUAUAUCUGCCCAUUUUCUUUCUUUAAGGUAAGUUUUCACAAUAACAAAGCCCCUAUUUGAUUUGAUUUAUAAGCAGAUUGACUUUACAUAUUGAUGUUUUUUAACAUGCUUGAAUAAAUUGUAGGGAUGGUGUAUUAUAAUGGUCUGCUGAAUGAAUGAAACUUGGAAGAGAUGUAUUAUUAUGAUUGUAAUUUUGGUGUGUUGUUGUAUCUUAAAUUUGCAUGUACUUUCUUUUGAUGAGAGUUUCCCAGUCAAGGUUUUAUUCAAUUGGUUUUUUUUGUUCAGAAAACAUGUGUGAAGAAUAAUAAUCAAGGAAGGAGCAAAUCAAUAAUAUAAUUAUUGGUUUUGAUUGUAAAAUUUCAGUGAUUUGUUUUAUUGCCAUCUUGAUUUGAUUGAA